AUGUCGAUAUCGAGCUCAGUAGCCGUACUAAACGUAGUUCAAGUUUCUCCACCAACCGCCCCGGUGAACAACGCGUUUCAAGAUCGCAUCAGUCUCACUCAUUUCGACUUAUUGGCCCUUCGCGCUCCGCCCAAUCAGCGUCUCUUUUUUUACGAGACGCAUCUUCCUAUCUCUGCUUUUGCAGAGACAGUUAUUCCAAAACUCCGUGAUUCCCUUUCUCUCACCCUUCAAAACUUUCGACCUUUGGCGGGGACUUUGAUCUGGUCGCUGAACUCCGACGAGCCCUACAUCCGUAUUACGGACGACGAUUCAGUCCCUCUUACAAUAGCCGAAACGGAUGCUGACCCCCGGAAAUUAUUCGACGAUCCCUUCCAACAAGAAAGAGACCUCCAGCAAUUGCUGCCUCCACUGCGAGUUUCAGAAACGGAAGCAUCACUGUUGGCGUUACAGAUCACACUGUUCCCGAGUGGUGAUAUCUGUCUCGGCAUCACCUUCCACCACGCUGCGCAAGAUGGGGCAUCAUUGGCUCUUUUCCUCAAAUCGUGGGCUCACAUCUGCAGACAUGGAGACGACCCACCGUUACCUCAAAACUUGAUACCGAGCUUUGACCGGGCCUUUAUCGACGAUCCGAAAAAUAUCAAACAACUUUUUUUGGAUCACUUAUUAACACCCCUGACACCAGGCGGACCUAGAAAUAGGAGCGUCAAACCUAUGGAAAAGCCAUUUAAUGAUAGGAUGCACGGAUCAUUUAGAUUAACAGUCGACGACAUCGAAAACCUCAGGAGGCGAAUAACCUCUUUGCAGGUUCAAAAUACCUCACAAGAGCCGCCAGUCAGGAUGUCUACAGUUGUAGUUACUUGUGCAUACGUGUUAACAUGCUUUGUUAAGGCCGGGUUGACGAAGAAGCACGUUCGGUUUAUUUUGCCUGCUGAUCUUAGGAAGCGAUUACAGCCCCCCGUGCCUGACAAUUACCACGGGAACUGCGUGUUUGGAUGUACUGUUGAUAUGUCUAGUGAUGAUAUAGCUGGACAAGAUGGUCUAGUAGUAGCAGCCAAAGCUAUCAGCUCCGUAGUGAGCGAAUUGGAUGCAAAUGAUCAUCGGAAAUUUUUUGAGAAUUUUCUGUUGAAUAACACGAUAUCUCAGGAGGAAACAAAAGUGGGUGUGGGAGGGUCAAUGUAUUUCAGUCUUGAUGAAAAGGAUUUCGGCUGGGGUGGACCAAAACAUUUGAAGAAUGUCCCUCCGUGGCCUAACCACAUUUAUUUAGCGGAGAGGCGGGAUGGUGAUAAAGGUGCGGACUUUUGCUUGAUGCUAGCGAAACAGGAAAUGGCAGCAUUCGAGUCAAAGUUCCUUGAUGAUCUUAAGUUAUUGGAAAAGUGGAGCUGCUGA